CGGUUUCUCUCAGUUAAGAAAGUAUUUGUAACCGCAAAAGCAUUAAAAUCCGUUAAAAAAGAAACAGCAUCAGCAGUGUUACGUAGUUUGCUGUUCCCUACAUAUGGGAAACGACACAACAAUAGCUACUGAUCUUCAACCAGCAAACACUUAGCAAUUCCCGACCAGAGUCCGUCCAGGCUUGCCGUGUAUAUUAUUAUUAUUAUGGAGCCGGUACACUCUUUGCCUUACAAUCACGCCGACUCCACCUUGCGUUCCCUCGCCGGCCGAGCUGAGGGGUUCGGCCGUCUUUCCAUCGGAGGACUCCACGGCCACGUCUAUCAUGUCACUACUUUAGCAGAUGACGGGCCAGGAUCACUGAGGGAUGGAUGCCAGAGUAAAGAGCCUCUUUGGAUUGUCUUUGAAGUGUCGGGCACCAUAAAUCUUCAGACUUGUCUCAGUGUGUCAUCUUAUAAGACAAUUGAUGGGCGGGGGCAAAAGAUAAAACUCACCGGGAAGGGUUUGAGACUAAAGGAAUGUGAGCAUGUUAUCAUAUGCAACCUAGCGUUUGAUGGCGGUAGAGGACCUGAUGCCACUGCCAUUCAGAUUAAACCUCACUCGAAGCACAUAUGGAUAGACCGUUGCAGCCUUCGUGAUUAUGAUUGUGGGCUGAUAGAUAUCACACGAGAAAGCACAGAUAUAACUGUUUCUAGGUGCCACUUUUCACAUCACAACAUGACAAUGGUUAUUGGGGCAGAUCCAUCUCACAUUGGUGAUAGAUGCAUUCGGGUAACCAUUCACCAUUGCUUUUUUGAUGGGACUCAACAGCGACAUCCUCGCGUUAGAUUUGGAAAAGUGCAUUUGUACAAUAAUUACACAAGAAACUGGGGCAUCUAUGCUGUUUGUGUCAGUGUAGAAUCUCAGAUAUACUCUCAAUGCAACAUUUACGAAGCAGAACAGAAGAAAGUCGCAUUCAAGUAUCUUAAAGAGAAGGCAACUGACAAGGGAGAAGCGGAAAAUGGUUACAUAAAGUCUGAACGAGACUUAUUUGUAAGUGGAACUGAAGCAGGGUUGAUGGCAGAAAGUGGUGAAUAUUGUAUGUUCAAUCCCAGUGACUACUACACCGCAUGGACAGUGGAGGCUCCUACGGAUGCUCUAAAACAUGUUAUUCAGCUUAAUGCUGGAUGGCAGUCUAUUCCACUACCCAUUGAUCAGAUAUUGACUACAGACUUGAGAGGCCUUGCACGCCAAGCAGAGGGAUUUGGCCACCUUGCUAUUGGAGGACUACAUGGCCCCCUCUAUCAAGUUACUACUUUAGCAGAUAAGGGGCCAGGGUCUCUGAGGGAUGGAUGUCGGAUUAAAGAACCUCUUUGGAUUGUCUUUGAAGUGUCGGGCACCAUUCAUCUUCAAUCUUACUUGAGUGUUUCCUCUUAUAAGACAAUUGAUGGCCGGGGUCAAAGAAUAUUGUUCACUGGAAAGGGUUUGAGGCUGAAUGAAUGUGAGCAUGUUAUUAUAUGUAAUGUAGAGUUUGAGCGCGGCAAGGGACCUGAUGCAGAUGCCAUUCAGAUAAAACCUCAGUCUAGGCACAUAUGGAUAGACCAUUGCAGCCUUCGUGAUUAUGAUGACGGGCUGAUAGAUAUAACACGAGGAAGCACAGAUGUUACUGUUUCUUGGUGUCACUUUUCGAACCACAACAAGACAAUACUCAUUGGCGCUCAUCCAUCACAUGUCGGUGACAGAUGCAUUAGAGUAACCAUUCACCAUUGUUUUUUCGAUGGAACUCGACAGCGGCACCCUCGCGUUAGAUUUGGGAAAGUGCAUUUAUAUAAUAAUUACACAAGAAACUGGGCUAUUUAUGCAGUUUGUGCCAGUGUAGAAUCUCAGAUAUACUCUCAAUGCAACAUUUACGAGGCGGCAGAGAAAAAAAUUGCAUUUAAGUAUCUCAAUGAGAAGGCAGCUGACAAGGACGAAGCAGGCAGUGGUUACAUAAGGUCUGAAGGAGAUGUAUUUGAAGCCGGAACUGAAGCAGGCUUAAUGUCAGAAACCGACGAAUGUUGUAUGUUUAAUCCGAGCGACUGCUAUCCGGCAUGGACAGCGGAAGCUCCUACAGAUGCUCUUAAACAGGCUCUUCAGAACAAUACUGGAUGGCAAUGCCUUCCAAGGCCGCCUGAUCUCCUAUUGACUGCUCAGUAAUGUCACCAUAUGACUGUUAACUAAUUGUAUUGCCUCUUGUUUACAUCAUAUUAUAAACAUGUAAACAACAAACCAUUAUCUAUAUAUACAUGAAUGCUUAAAUAUACAGACAUGCUUUUAUGUGUAAACUGAAUGUAAAUUGCUCUAAAUUAAAAUAAGUUGAUCAAUUUUUUCAA